AUGGAGAUAGAGUUGGCAAAGUGUGAGUGUUGUGGUCUAAAAGAAGAUUGCACACAAGACUACAUUAGUCAAGUGAAGGAAAAUUUUGAUGGGAAAUGGCUAUGUGGACUGUGUUCAGAAGCAGUUAGAGAUGAAGUGAACAGAGGAAAAAAGCAAUUUCUGUGCAUGGAAGAAGCAGUGAAGGCACAUAUGUCAUUUUGUAGAAAAUAUAAGUCAAAUCCAGCAACUAAAGUAGCUGAUGGUAUGAGGCAGAUGUUAAGGAGAAGGUCUGAUUUAUCAUCAUCUUAUUCACCUAAUUCCAACAAGUAUUCAAGAUCAGCAAGUUCAUCUCAAGUAGGAGAUAGAUGA